AUGUCUUGGCGCCCGCCCUUGGCGCCGAAGUGCGCCAGGGGAAGCGGCUUGACGAAGGGAGGGCGGGACAGCCGAAGUGGAGCAUUGCCAGUGCCUUGUAGCACGUCUUAUGGCAUCUUUAUACUCACAGCAUUUGGCAUCUUGGAGAGAGUCCAAUCCUUCAACUCUGUUGCGCCUGAGGCCUUCCCUCCGCGAGUCCCAUUCCAAAGGGCCAGAAGUAAGAGGAAAGGGACCCGCAAUCUCAAGUGGCUCCAUGGCGACACCGGCACCCCAGAAGAAGUCAUCAGAGCUUUCGGUGACCCGGGCGCCAUGGUCCUGGAGAUCGAGCGGGCGACCCAGCUCCAGGAUGAGCUCAUCCAGGCCUACGCAGAGAAGUCCACCUUCGCCCAGCUCCAGAGCUUGGCGCGGCAGAUGAAGGGCGACGGCCCGUCGGCCCUGGUGGCCGCUCAGAGGAGGGAGCAGCUGCUCCUCGAGCUGCAGAAGCCCCUGGUGGCCAGGUACGGCUACGAGGCCUCCGCAAAAGGCGUUUGCGAUGCCAUGUUCGACUUUAGCGAGAUUGACGACAACAAUGUCACGAAGCGACACAACCACAUGGAGAGGCUCUUAGCUUGUGACCAGGAGAUCGAGUCCUACAACGCUGUGCACUUUCAACAGUAUCUUCGAAACGCGGGCACCGCCCGCCCCUUGCCGCGGAACGACUUUCCGCUCAUCGAGCGCCAGGACUUGGCCCCCUCCUUCGAGGGCCGGCUCAUGCUGCGGGCUCGGCAAGAUAUGCUCCCGCCAAGCCAGACGGAGGAGCUCGUGGCGGCGUGCAAGCGCGGGGAUGGCGCCAGGGCGGCGGUCCUCUUGAAGGGGCCCUCCGACACCAAAGCCGUGUCGGUCAACGUCGGCUACAAGGCCCUGGGUGCGGCAGGAGCCCGGACACUGGCCAAGGCUCUGGGUGCGCAGCUGGAGGCUUUGGAAGUCGACAUCUCUGGCAACGGCAUCGGCGUGGAGGGUGCCAAGGCCCUGGCCGCCAGCUUGCCCAAAGGUCUCAAGGUGCUGAAGUUGAACCUCGCGCGAAACCGCCUCAUGCUCGAGGGGGUGAAGGCCAUCGCCGCAUCCAUCCCACAGGGCGUCGAGGAGCUGGUCCUGGGCUUCUCCGGCAUGAAGAUGGGGCCCGCGGGCGCCGCGCUGCUGGCGGCCGCCAUACCUCCCAAGGUCCGCAAGUUGACCCUGGACCUGCUGGGGAACCGCAUCGGCGACGAGGGGGUCGAGUCCAUCUCCAAGGCGCUGCCCAAAUCUCUGGAGUACCUCCACAUCGUCCUGUCAGAGAACGGCCUCAGCAAGAGGGGCUUCUUCAUGAUUGAUCGGCAGAUCGGGGACCCCCUCCACGACCGGUACCUGCCGAACCUCCAGCCCGAGAGCUUCAUCAAGGGUGGCGAGCCGGAGCUCCGUGAGUUCAGGGAGGAGCCAGAUGGGACGCAGACGACGCAGAUCGAGUGGCACAGAGCUAUGUGA